UGCUCGCACCCCUCCCGUCUCCGCACUCGACAUCCUCCAGCCUCUUUAAACUGUCUCCGCUGCCGAAACAGACGACUUUUUCGGGUUUCGGUCUGUGUCUGUUCGCCCGCACACUCGCACACCUUUCUGCUUGUUUCGGAGGAUAUUUCUUUCUCUGGCGGAGCGUGUGGAGCACAAACCGAGCACAGACGGAGCUGUGUUUCAGGCUACUUCAGUGGGCGGGUAAAGCGGAGGAGGGCAUCCGGGCCUGGCAGCUCCGGAGGGUCGGCUUGAAAACGACGCAAUUCACCAUUUUCAGGCCGCGCAUUGCCCUGUUAUGGAGAAGAUGAAGAGGAUCAAGAAGCGUCUGUCAUUAACACUCCGCCCCAGUCAGACCAUCGACGAGUCUCUGUCAGAACUGGCUGAGCAAAUGACCAUUGAAGAUGGUGGCACCAAGGACAACGAGCCCUUCAUGAGGAAUGGCCGCCCACCCACCUCCCACAGCAUGCACUCCUUUCUGCACCAGUACACCGGUUCCUUCAAGAAGCCGCCCCUGCGCCGGCCACACAGCGUCAUCGGAGGCACUCUGGGGUCUUUCAUGGUGAUGCCGCGCCAUGGCAGCCGCCUGGAUAUUGUCCACGAAAAUCUGAAGAUGGGAUCUGACGGGGAGAGCGAUCAGGCAUCAGGAACGUCUUCAGACGAGGUCCAGUCUCCGACGGGCGUCUGUCUGAGGAACAGGGUCCACCGGCGAAUCUCCAUGGAGGACCUCAACAAGCGCCUGUCUCUGCCUGCUGACAUCCGAAUCCCUGACGGCUACCUGGAGAAGUUGCAGCUUAGCAGCCCACCCUUCGACCAACCGCUCAGCCGACGUUCGCGCCGAGCCUCGCUGUCAGAGAUUGGUUUUGGAAAGUUGGAGACGUACAUUAAACUGGACAAGCUGGGAGAGGGAACUUACGCCACAGUGUUUAAAGGACGCAGUAAACUGACUGACAACCUGGUGGCGCUGAAGGAGAUCCGGCUGGAGCACGAGGAAGGAGCCCCGUGCACAGCCAUCAGAGAAGUGUCAUUAUUGAAGGACCUGAAACACGCCAACAUUGUGACGCUACAUGACAUCGUUCACACUGACAAGAGCCUCACACUCGUCUUUGAGUACCUGGACAAAGACCUGAAGCAGUACAUGGACGACUGUGGAAACAUAAUGAGUAUGCAUAAUGUGAAGAUCUUCCUGUUCCAGAUAUUGCGAGGGCUGUCAUACUGUCACAAAAGGAAAGUUCUCCACAGGGACCUGAAGCCACAGAACCUCCUCAUCAAUGAGAGAGGAGAACUUAAACUGGCUGAUUUUGGUUUGGCCAGGGCCAAGUCUGUUCCAACUAAAACCUAUUCCAACGAGGUGGUGACUCUCUGGUACCGACCUCCUGAUGUUCUGCUGGGAUCCUCUGAGUACUCAACCCAGAUCGAUAUGUGGGGUGUUGGAUGCAUAUUCUAUGAGAUGGCUGCAGGUCGGCCUCUGUUCCCCGGCUCCACCGUUGAAGACGAGCUCCACCUCAUCUUCAGGCUACUGGGAACACCUAAAGAGGAAAACUGGCCAGGAAUCUCUUCUAUCGAAGAGUUUAAAUCCUACAACUUCCCCAAAUACAAACCCCAGCCAAUCAUCAAUCAUGCCCCCAGGUUAGACAGUGAAGGCAUCGAGCUGCUGCUGUCAUUCCUCAGAUACGAAUCCAAGAAGAGAAUUUCAGCUGAUGAGGCAAUGAAGCAUUCCUAUUUCAGGCAGCUUGGGAUGAGAGUCCACACACUGCCUGAGAGUGUAUCGAUAUUCACAUUGAAAGAAGUGCAGCUGCAGAGAGACCCAGGCUACAGGAACUCCUCGUAUCCAGAGUCAGGAAACAGCAAGAUCAACAGGAGGCAAAGCAUGCUGUUCUAGUGUUUCAUGAAGAAGACGCCCCACUUCAUCUACACCUCCCAGCAGCCUCUUGCAUGAGCCCACCACCCCUCGGAGUGACACCCACACCACCCAUUUAACUACACACACGCGCACGCAAACACUCAAUCUGAGCGAGUGACUCUGAGUUGAAUCUAUUUGGUGACUGUUUAUUUAUUGGGGGCGGGGGGGGGAUGGGUGAGGUUGAACUUUUUUUUGCUGCUAAACUACUACUGUCUGUAUUUAACACAGUGUGUGUCUGCGCGAAGGCGUGUGUGUGUUUGCACAAUGUGAACUCGGGAUGCCAUGCACAGUUGAGCAGUCAGUAAGGUUACUAUUGUUCUCCUGACAACGAUCCUCCGGCUUCUCAUGAGUCAACUGAUGUUGAUGUCGAUGCUGUGACCCAAGUUGUUGUUCUUGUUGUCGUCGUCCUUGGAGAUCGAAAGCUUCUUUUUUAAAAAUAUGUAUAUCUCGAUAUACAUAUAUAUUUGGAGAUUAUGUUUUGUUUUUCUUCGAGCUUCCGUGACUGAACUCUACAACAUUUCCAGAAACACUAGAUGGUGUUGGUUGUCAUUUUUCCAAAAACAUUUAGGAUGGACUUGCAGAAGACCCGCUGCCCUCUGGGGUUAAACUGAAAGUCAGAGAGUGUGACUAUGAGUGGACUGACAGCUGGGGGGUGAAAGAAGCACACGCAGAGCUACAUGGUCUACAUGGGAACAUCCACCCCUUGCUUCUUUUUGACCACUGUUGCUCACCAACGGGACCAAAACUGAGGUGUGACGGGAGGGGAGGCGAGCAGAUGAAAGAAGAGGAAUACUGGAGCUGAAAAGGAAGUCAUGUGACUCCCACAGGAAGCCAGCAAGCCUUCCCUAAAACCUCUCAUAGAGCUGCCAGGAUUUCAAUGCUUUGUUUCCUUUGUUUUCUUUGUUUUCUUUUGUGUGUGUUUUGUUUUUUGUUUUUUUUUUUAAGAUAAAUGCAAACUACACUUUCUUGCUUUGUGUACAUUCGGAGAUGUCACUGCAGUAAUUCUUUGUGUUUAACUUGCACUUCAUGUGUAUGCGUGUAUUUUGUUUUUGGUCUGUUUCAGUUUGUUAUUUUGUUUUAUGUUUUUUCUUUUGGAAUCAGGGACAGGAGCCUCGCUUGGCUAAGUUUACCCAACAGUAUUAGGAUGUGUUCUCUGUGUCUGUGACCUCUCCUUGUGAAACAGCAGUGUCAGUGUGGCAUGUUCUCAGAGCUGGGGGGUGGGAUAGUGGGGGUGGGGAGGGCUGUUCAAAGGCAAUGAGGGUUGCCUUUGAACAACCACUGCUCUUUCAGUAUUUGUACAAAAAAAAAGACAUUUCAAAUUGAAAUUUUUACAUUUGCCCGCUAUGUUGUUUGCAACCAACAGUGAUGCUACAGAUGAUAAAGCCUGUUGAGAAGUCUUGCUUUUGAUUAUAUGUUUACUGAAACAAAGGGAAGACCUCCUCAAAUCACCCUCUUAUAAAUGUUCACUGGUGUGCUUUGCAUCCCUGGCUUAUUUUAGUUGUGUAUGCACUUUUCUUUUUGCCAUGGACCAGUGUAGGUGUAAUCACUCGUGGUCCAGACUUUGGCUGAUCUUCAUUGGAAAUGGUUACAUGAGAAGAUUGAUGUCAUGCUAAAUGUGAAGCUUUAGCUUUGGUUGGGUUAGCAAAAAGACUAAAAAGAGUUUGAAAUGGCGAGCUUAACUCUGUAACAUUUGUCCACACCUACAAAGCUGACAAAUCAACGCAUUCUGCUUUAUUUUACCGUUUAAGUGAAAAACAUGAUCACCUGUAAAAACCAAAAUGUUUUUUACAGGUGUUAGCUCAGCGUGCAAGCCCAAGAGUGCUGUCAGCUUUGUCAUCUUACUUGGGGCACACAAGCAUGUUUCUCGAAAUGUCAAACCAUUUCCUUAAAGGAUUAAUAGUAAACAUUACAUUUUUGUGGCAGCAAAAAAGUCACACGC